GAGUCUUUAGAUUGCUGCUCGAAUGCAGCUUGAAUUAUUAGAAUGCACUUCGAAUGCCGUCGGAAUCUUAGAUUGCUCCCCGAAUGCGGCUCGAAUGAAAUUAAAAGAGUCCAAGUUGAACGCACCCCGAAGUUUGUGGGUGUUAUAACCAACACGGAAAAGUCAACAAAAAGCCAAGGCUAGAAUUAAAACUUAAAAAAGCGCUAUCUCGUUUUUCAACGGCUGGUUCAAAAUUACCGAUUUUUUGUUGGGCACAAGCCUACUAAUAUUAGAAAUGCUUAUAUUUAUGGAUAUUUCAGUCGUAUGUGAACCGAUUUUGAACAAACAAAGGCGAUUUUGUCAUUCAAAUUUUAUAUUCUUUCUAAUUUGACAUUAAGUUUUUCAUUAUCUCACAACAAGGAUUAUGUGUAGCGCCCUCUGCAACAAAACUCAACUAUCCCUUUAAGUCAGACCAGCAGAAACGGCAGUUAGUAUCCGCAGUAUGAAAUAACGCAUGCGCGUUUUUUAAGUAUAGAUGAUGAGGUAAUGCAACAGUACUUGCGAAAAGGGGACUUCCCGGUGGAAAUUCCCACACACUUCCCAUGCAUCUUCCCCUUUUGAUAUUCAAAUUAACCACAUAAAAAUUCCGUCUCACAUGCCUGAAUACAAUAUUGCUGUACAAACAAAAUUUGCCAGCUUAUAGUUUAUAACGCUGGUAAAUACAUUUCCCGACGGGAAUUGCCACAACCGGCCAGCUUGCUAUACAGCACUCCGUACUACAGCUCCACAGAGGGUCGGAAGCUCCCGUGCUUUAUCAGUGGACGAGAACAAGAGCGAUGGGAAUGUAUUCAUACUACGUCAUCACAGUAGUAAACAUUGUCGCCAACUGUUUGUCGGGGAAUAACUUUUCCUGCUGUUUCUGUAGAUCAAGCACAAAUAUAUCAAAUCAGAUCAGCUAGAUCAUCUAAAUCAGGAUGGCAACCGUGGAGGUCGGACAGCGAGUUGUCCGGAGCGCCACCUGGACAUGGCGAGAUCAAGAUGGCGGUGAGGGUCAUCUUGGGACAGUGGUCAAGCUCAAAGAUCAAGACCCUCAGGAACCCAUUCCUACAGGCUGGGCCAAGGUCAGAUGGGAUAAUGGUCAUGGUAACAACUAUCAGGUCGGGUCCAGUUGGUUAUAUGAUCUUGCGCUCUUCGACAAUGCCCCCGCAGGUGUGAUUCAUGUUGGUGUAGUGUGUGAUAGCUGUUUGAUGGAUCCUAUAGCUGGCAUACGCUGGAAAUGCAGUGAUCAAAGCUGCCCCGAUUAUGAUCUUUGUACUCCAUGCUACAUGAAUGAUGAACAUGACUUGAAUCAUAUAUUCACUCGCUUCACCAGCCAGAAAGAAACAGGGACACAAGUGACACCAAGAUUUGGAAAAGCGAAGACAGUUUCCAGAGGGCUGUGUCCACAGGCAGAAGUCCGUAAAGGGAAGAAUUGGCAAGAAGAUGAUGCCGGUGGGACUGUUCUUGAGAUAUGUCCCUUCUCUGAAAGGCCACGAUCAGGCGUCACUGUUUGCUGGACUCAGUCUAAACUGGUCACUACUCAUAGAGUUGGAUUUGAUGGGAAAAUGGAUCUGAAAUGCACCACGGCAGGAACAGGGAUAGCUUACUAUGCUACACAUCUCCCUGUUUUAGGUAAAGAGGUUGGUUUGAAGGUUGGAGAUCUGGUAGCUAUUACUCUGGACAGGGAAACAUUGCAUAUCAUGCAACAGAUGGGUGGGCGAGAGUGGUUACCAGCAAUGGGAAAUCUGUUUGGAAAGGUUGCCAAGGUUACUGGUAUCAACUCAAGCGAGAACGCAGAGGUCACUUACGCUGAGAGAAAAGAACAACCUUUCACCUUCCAUCCAAAUGUACUGAACAAGGUUCCUAGGCUAGGUAAGGGAGACCGUGUGCAGAUCAAUAAAGACUUAAAGUUUGUGAUGAAUCUUCAAAAAAACAGUCAAAAUGGAUGGGUGGAUGGCAUGGAAAAGUAUCUAGGAAUGGAAGGGACGGUGAUGAACGUUGAUUCACAGUACAACAGCCGGGUGCGAUUGAUUGGUUUGGAGAAAAUGUGGUCAUGGCAUCCCUGUUCCUUGAUCCUCGUCAAGAAGAACUCAUCAGAUGAUGACAAGCAGAGUGCUGAAUCUAUAGGCCUCAAGCUAGAUGGAAGUGGACAAACUGAAAUCCACAAAGUCUUGCUAUCACUACUCGGGACAGAUUCAGGCGAAGGGGGUGACGGAGAUGGACGUGGACGAACUAAAAUGCUCAAGGCCUUGCUAUCACAGCUGGCAGCUGGCAGCUCAUCCGAUAGUGAUUCAGGUGAAGGAGAGGAAGAAUCUCAACUGAUUAAGGCUGCUAAGAGAGGCAAUGUUGAACGUGUCGUGGAGAUUCUAUCAAUAUCACCAGAAAAGGUAAUCCCAUUUUACUUUAAAACUGUAAAUCGAAACACUUUCAAGGCAUUAAACUUUUAUGGGAAGACUGCCCUACACAGCGCAGCUGCCUAUGGUCAUCUUGAAGUAGUCCAGGCACUUCUGGAGUCAGGGGCUGAGAUAGAAAUCACGGAUGAUGAUGGGGACACUCCGCUUCAUUACUCUGUCGGAGGAGAUGAACCAGCUAUCGCAAAGUAUUUGAUUGGUAAAGGAGCGAAUAUAAACAGAGGUAAUGAUAAAGGACGGAGAGCGAUCCAUGAAGCAGCUGUGAGGGGGUUUGUUGACUGUGCAAGGGUCUUGAUUAAUCAUGGAUGUGAUGUUAAUGUACAGGAUACAGAGAAAGAUACUCCCCUCCAUGACACUAUAAUCGGGAGCAGGGUAGAUGUCACUGAAUUAUUGGUACAAGUUCCAGACCUGGAUGUGACUCUGGUUAACAAGAGAAAGUUCACAGCUCUACAGUUGGCAGCUUUCAUGGACAGACCAGAAGCUGCUGAAUUAGUUGCAAAGAGUAUUCCUGGACCUAUUGAUGAUGUAACAGAUGAAGGUGACACCAUACUGCAUAUCGGUGCAAUCAAUAACCAUGUAGAAGUCAUGAAGGUUGUUAUGUCUGUAAAGGAUCAUGGGUUGGAUCUGAACGCUAGGAACGUGCAAGGAGAUACAGCACUACACCUUGCUGCUCAUAAAGGACAAUCCCGUUGCAUGGAGUUUCUGGUGUCACAGGGUGCUGAUAUCAAUCUUAAAGGUGAAGAUGAUAACACUGCCCUGCACCUCCUUGGCAGCACUGCUGCGCAUCAUCCAAGUAAUAUCAAAGACACUCCUACACUGAGGAAGAUUCGAAAACGUUUUAGAGAUUGUGGAGUUGAUAACAGUGCUGCUGCUGCACUCUGCUACAUGGUUCUUAAAGGAGCGUCCAUAGACCUAGAGAAUGUCAAAUGUCGAACACCGCUAUAUUACAUCAGGAAUGCUGAGCUGAAGAAGACUUUGAAGAAGAUCGCCCGUGAAAAGAUACCUGAUGAUAUGUCAUCAUGGGAGGACCUUGGAGAAGACGAGGAUAUGAAGAAGAGCAGUAACUCCAUCAGUGUUGUCGAUGAUGAUAUUAUCGUAAAGCGUAACGGUGGUCUGAGCGUCACUGAUGAAGGCUCUCCAAAACGAAUAAGACAGGACUCGGCUGAGAGUGGAGCUGAAUACCCAGCAGGAAACCAAAAGAAAUCUGACAAGCCAAAAAUUGAAGUCUUUGAUCUUGUGCACAAAAUUGAAGUCUCUGACUUAGACAUGGGUCCUGUGGUUGGGAAGGGGCAGUUUGGAGUGGUCCAUCGAGCCUCAUGGAGAGGGACUCCAGUGGCAGUCAAAAAGAUCUCCAUCAUGGGUAGCAGAAAAGAUGAAAUCGAGAAGGAAGUCGCAAUACACAGACGGGCAUGUCAUCCUAACAUCGUUCAGAUGAUGGCUCUAGGAUACCAGGGAAAAGAGGCCUUCCUGGUAAUGCAGUUCAUUGAAGGACCAAGUUUACACACCGUCAUCUUCCCUGAUAGGGAUGACGUUGAGAUUCCUCUAGACUGGGCUAAAAAGCUUCAGAUAUCUCGUGACGUUCUCAAAGCCGUAACCUUCAUGCAUGCCUGUAACAUCUUGCAUCUUGAUAUUAAGCCUGCCAAUAUUCUAGUGGAAUCUGCAACAAUUCGUCCCUACAUCUGUGACUUGGGCCUGGCCCACAUCAAGAACCGCAACCUCAUGUCCCAAUCCUCAGUCAACAUGAAAGGCACACCGUGCUUCAUGCCUCCAGAGGCACUUGGCACAACGGAACCCAGUUACAGGCACUCCAACAAACAUGACAUUUGGUCGGUUGCAGGUACAUUAGUGGAGCUGUACUCCAUGAAGCGGCUGUGGGGAGACUCGAUACAUCCUCUGGCCCUGAUGGCCCGUAUUUAUACAGGCCAGAUGGGUAAACCUGAGUCUUUGACAGCUGUAGAUCCUAGGGUUCAGAAAAUCCUUGAACCAUGCUUCAAACAGAAGCCAGAGAAGAGGCCAUCAGCUUCUGAUCUCCUGGCUCAGUUCAAUGACCUCACAUAAUGGUAGUGUAUAGAGCUUAUAAAAGGGAAACAUUAAUAAUACAGAUUUUCUUUGUUUUGUAAAUAAGAAUAAUAAAGAUAAUAAUAUUAUACAUUUUUAUAGCACACAUAUCCACCAAACAUGGUGCUCAAGGCGUUUCAAUAUUACCCCUGCUGUACAGAAUAGUUAGAGUACCGACUUCGGUACUCACAUCAUUGAACACAUUCCAUAUUACCUGUCCCCAUGUAAUGCUUUUGUGAAGAGUGGCAAAUGUAGAUUAACGUCUUGCCAAAGGACACAAGUGCUACACCGGGGUUUGAACCCUCGACCUUUGCAUCUUCAGCCAAAUGUUGACUGGAGAAUCAUAGAUGCAACCAUACAGGAAAACAAUGAUCUUUAUAAAACUUCACUUUUAAAUGCCUACAGGUAAAAUGAAGUGCGAAAGAGAGAUUUUUUGCAAUAAACAAUAGCUCUCAUGAAUGUUUUUGUGACAGCUGGUGGGAUAAUGAAUAUCUCAAUGGUACACGUACAAUUGUUUUGGAGUGUAUUGUUUUUUUGAUGCAUCUCAAAGUGCUAUGGAACUUCCAAAGGAACAAAGCUGUAAAAAGUGUUUAAAUCUGAUCAUGAAUAUAACCAGACUGUCUAGAGGCUUGAAAUCUCAAGAAGAACGUCAUGAUUUUUAGAAACACAGUGAUUAGUCUGCUUGAAUGAUGUAGUCUUAUUUAAUGUCAAUCCUUUUUGUAAAUAGGAAAUGGUCAUAUCAGGAGAGAUUUAAAAUAGAAACAUAUAUCUAUUUAAUAAAUUUUAAAAGCAUCUACACUCUAUUCAAGGUAAAAAUCCUCCAUAUAUAUAUUAAAUAGGAAAAUGUUUUAAGUAUACUUGUCUAUUCAUAUUUUGUAAAUAAUGAGCAUACAAACCAGAUAUGUAUUUAAUGUGUAUAUAUUUUGCUUUACCAAUUGAAUAAUAUAUCUCAAAAUGGAAUGCUUGAGGUAAAAGAUCUACAACGCAUGCCUGCAUUUAUAAUUCCUGAUUAUAAUAUACAUGUAUUUAUGGACUACAUUUUACUACACCUGGUACAAAGUGAACCCAAGUUGGGGCCUCUACAUAUUUCAAACAUUCUGUAGUCUUUUGCAUUGCAUUAGACUUUACAAAAAUAUGUAAGUGGUUAUUUUGUAGAUUUUCAAAAUGACUGCUUUAUUGCAUGCUGUUAUUCAUAACAAAACAAUAGUCAUUGCAAAUGUUUUUUAAAUAAUUAAAUAAUUGUGAGACAAUUUCAUAGCUGUUCCUAAAUUCCUUUAAAAAACUAUCAAAAUUAAAAUAAUAAUAAUUAUUACAUGUAUGUAUUUAUGUCUGCUAAUGUGAAUUCUAUGCAUAUUUUUCUAAAUGAAAUGUCUUUAUUGCAACAUAAUGCUUUUUGGCUAACUUGUGAAUCUUAAAAUGAUUAUUUUAUUCCCUUCAUCCCACAUUUAUUCAUAUGUAUGAAAAUGUUUUAGAUAUCUUGUUUUCAACCACCUCUAAUUAUUUUAAACUUAAAAAAAGAUUACAGUGACUGUUCUCCUUAGAGAAAACAAGCAAGAGCUAGAAAAUCUUUGUUGCAAAUCAUGACUAGUACAAUUAAAAAAGAACAUUGUUGAAAUAUUGAUGCUGUAAAUGAUGUGAGUGUACAUAUUAUCUCCCCAAAGUCUUAACGUUUGUAAAUUUUGCAUUUCUGUUAAUAAAUAUGAAUAUGCAUGAACAUUAAAUUAGCAUCACACCAUUUAAUAGAAGUAAAAUGUACAUCCACAUUUACAUCCAGUGGCAGACUCUUCCCGAAAGGGGGGAGGGGCACAUGAUCAUGUGCGUCC